CGUCUCUGACGUCAUACACGCGCGCCGCCGCCGCCGCUCGCUGGGGAAACCAGAGAACUGUCAUGGCGAGUCCAGCCGCGUCUUCGGUGCGACCGCCGAGGCCCAAGAAAGAGCCGCAAGCGCUUGUCAUCCCCAAGAAUGCGGCGGAAGAGCAGAAGCUCAAGCUGGAGCGGCUCAUGAAGAAUCCGGACAAAGCAGUUCCAAUUCCAGAAAAAAUGAGUGAAUGGGCACCUCGACCUCCCCCGGAAUUUGUCCGAGAUGUAAUGGGUUCAAGCGCUGGUGCAGGCAGCGGAGAGUUCCAUGUGUAUAGGCAUCUGCGCCGGAGAGAAUAUCAGCGACAGGACUACAUGGAUGCCAUGGCUGAGAAGCAAAAAUUGGAUAUAGAGUUUCAGAAGAGACUGGAAAGGAAUAAAAUUGCUGCAGAGGAGCAGACUGCAAAGCGUCGAAAAAAACGCCAAAAGUUAAAAGAGAAGAAAUUAUUGGCAAAGAAGAUGAAACUUGAACAGAAGAAACAAAAAGAAGAAGAAAUUCUUUUAUGAUGCCUGGGGAAGAGACUUUUCUACUGAGUCAGACUGAAUGAAGGAUCCAGUCAGAGCCAAGAGCAGCCAUCCAGUAGUUCUGAGGAGACAUCUGGGACGGAGGAAGAGAAAGAGGAAGAGCCCAGCUUCAUCAUGGGGCGAUGACAGUGUUGGCCACGGUGGCUUUCUGGAGCCCAGGGCCUCAGAAGGUCCUCCACAUGACCCAAGGAGAAAGGAGGUCGUUUCAACUGUUUCUCUCCCAAGUGCUGGAUAGAAGCAAGUGGAAGCCAUCCUGACUGCUGUGGCCCUGCCAGGAGAGACAGAGAGGACUGUCUCCGGGGCACUCAAGGCAUUCCAGAGUUCAUUCAUGUUCCCGCUAAAGGGGGGAAAUGUAUAACCUUCUGCCCCUGCUGCCUGUUCAUACAUAUCUGGACAGUGAUGAAUUUGAGGCUGGUAUCUGUGAAAGGAAUGUUUAUUUAUUAAAGAACAAAAACUUGA